AUGCUUAGGAGACAUCAGGAGUUUCUUGAAAAAAUCAGAUUCAAAGGCCGAGGAAGUCCUCGAAGAGCUACAGCAGUGAAAAGAGGAACAGAGGCCAUAAGAGCGAUCAAUGAAAUACUAAGAAAGCCUGCAUACGACUCGGCCCUUUUUGGAUUUGAGAUAAUCAAGCACAUAUACAUAUAUGAGCCUAUGCUUGGAAUUCCAAAGUACUCAUUGGAUAAGGCUCUCGUGAGUUUGUGCAGCAAGAUAUUUGUGAAGGAGAUUUAUGAUGAAAUUGAGAGGAGAAUCAAAUUGCAUCUGGAAAAAAUACUAAACAGGGAGAUGCACUCGAUUGACGAAUGCAUGGGGCAUCUGAGUUACAGUGAUUCUCUGUUGGAUGAGAUAGUUGUCGGAUACCUUAUAAUAAGAUAUAAAGUGUAUGGAGAAUACAGAGAGGAGAUACGUGGCAUCGUGAGAAGAGUGGGCCCUAGUCUCAAAGCCAAGGCCGAGAAGAUAUUUGGGUCUUUGCUGGACGAUGAUGAUGCUUGCUUGAUAAAAUCCAGGAUCAGGGAGAUUCUAGCACAGAGAAAGGGGAUGAUGGCAAACAUGAAGAAAGAAAAGCUCUUCCACGGCACCACAGAUGAGAUAGAAUAUAUAAGAGAAAACUAUCCUUUAGUAUCUUGUUUUUAUGAUGUUUCCGAAGACAUCGGUGUGCCUUAUUUCCAUUUAAGAAGAAACUUUAGCACCGAAUAUUUUAUGGGAGUCUGCAAUUGGAACGGAUUUGCUGAAAACACCUGUGUACUCAGUGAGAUGCACAAGGAGAGUAUCCUGGAAAACACUGCUUCUCUAAAAGGCCUGUGUUUUCAGAUGUGUAAAAAUAGGGAGUAUCACUUAGAGCUGAUGCAGGAACUCAUAAAGAGGUCUACGUCCUUUGAAAGGGCAUUUAUGGAGGGCUACGUGAUGGUAGCAUGCCAAGAAUACAAAGAGGGUAAGCAAAGGCUUAGAACUGCCUUGGAAAUCAUCAGAGAAAUGGAAAUAAGGAGCAUUCCCGAGAUUCUGCUUUGGAUUUAUGAUCUUCUUUCUAUGUCCCACAUGUUUUGCGGUGAAUAUUUCGAAUGUAUCUUUUAUCUAAACAAGGGAAUUGAUCUUUCCUACAGGCACCAAUUAGGUUUUGUUACUCAACAUUUUCUCAACUGUAAGCUGGUGGUAGAGAGGAUAGGAUAUAUCCCCGGGCCUUCCCCAAACAUUGGGUUAGAGUUGCGUGAGAUGGCUGAUGCCCGGUAUAUAGUAGAGAAUGAGCAGGAGGCUAUUUGUAACAGAAUUCUUACAAGCAUUGCACUCAAGGGUGAGAUGAGCAACCUCAGGGAAAUAAGGACUCUCGAAAGAUUUGUACAGCUUAGGCCCUCUACUCUCUGCAGAGAUAUAGAGAGGAUACUGAGGCGUUUUGCGAAGUUUACGGUCAUAUCUCUGUACUGCAUAGACGGAUGCUUGUUCAUCAAUGACUUCCAAGGGUUUUCUGAGAUAGACAGAGGCUUCAAAGAUGCCAAGGCCCGGAUAAACAGAAUACUGGCCAAAUCAAGGAGUAUUCUCAGGGAGAAUGUUUCCAACAACGUGGAUAAGGCUAUGUGGUGGAUGAAAAGGAUGGAGCUUGAUGCAGAGCUGGGUGAAAUACUGCAUGAAACUAGCACUAAGUUUGCAGGGCUUUUGGCUCGCAAGGAUGUGGUUCUAGUUCUCGACGAGACAACAACGGACUUUCCGUUUGAGUCGAUGCCUAUUUUUAGGGAUAGCGCUGUAUACAGAGUGCCCUCUUUAGAGUAUCUUGAGGAGACCCCGAGGCCCAGUGCUUCUGAAAAGUCUUUUUUCUAUCUGCUUGAUCCUGAAAACAAUCUUCCUAGGACACAGGAAAGAAUGAGCGAGUUUCUUAAGUCCUCUGGGAUAACAAACGGCGUCACUGGGAGGCCUCUAUCGGACUUAGAGUGCAGGAAAGCCGAUAGAUAUGAUGUGCUGCUAUAUUUUGGACACGGAAAUGGCUUGAGAUAUCUGAAGACUUCUGGAGAGGGAAAAGUCAUGCUUCUGUUCGGAUGCAAUAGCGCCAAGCUUCUGUGUAUAGAAAACUAUAGAAGAAACGGAGCAAUUCUAAAGCAUCUUGGAAAGAACUCCACUGUGAUGGGAUGUCUUUGGGAGGUCACUGACAAAGACAUCGACAACUUUAGCAUUAAGGUUAUUGGAGGCCUAGUGAGUGGGUGUAGUAGUCUCGGGGAGUUGGUAUCUAGGUUUCGAAAUGAGUUUAGGCUGAGAUAUCUAAAUGGGGCCUCAGUCGUCAUCUAUGGAGUUUGCUGA